CAUUGCUGAAUGGUAUAACUGAACCAGCACAAUGUUGAGCACGCGCGCUGGACAAGGGUCUGCGUUGCAAGCUCCACGAGGAGCCAAAACAAAAACAGCGGUGCGCGCAUUGCCAUCGCUGUCUGGCCUACUCAAGGCUGUAAACCAGCGCCUGACUGGGAGGUCAAAGCAACUGCAGGCAGCGGACCCGGUCACUGAGACCAUCAUCCGCACGGAAGAGGCUGGUGCCGAUGCAUUCAGCACCGGCGGCAGAGCCAGCGCCAGCAGCUCUGCCGCUGCGGCCGCGGGGUUGCCUGCAGGCAGGAGCAAGGGUGGCCGCGGCCGCAGCUCCAUACGUAUGGAGGUGCGGGUGGUGGACAGCAUAAGCAAGGUGCCGCAGCACGAGUGGGAUGCAGUGGUUCGCACCUGUUCGGGCGGCGAGGUAAACCCCACGCUGCUGUGGAGCUUCCUGCACGCCAUGGAGGAGAGCGGCUCGGCGUGCCCGCGCACCGGCUGGCUGCCCCAACACGUCAUCGUGCGUGAGUUGCCGGGAGAAGAAGCCGACUCGGACUCGGAGCCAGCCGCCGCAGCAGCAGCCACAGCCACAGCAGCGGCCGCAGCAGGGGUGGACAGCGAGCGGCAGGCCAGCGGCGCCAGCGCCUCAACCUCCGCGAGCCUGGGAGCGCCGGGGGCAGCCGCGAGCAGGGGCCGGCUCUUGGGCUGCGUGCCCAUGUACCUGAAGGGCCACUCGUACGGCGAGUACGUGUUCGACUCGUCCUGGGCUGACUUCGCGUCGCGCCUGGGCCUCCGCUACUACCCCAAGCUGCAGGCCGCGGUGCCCUUCACGCCUGUGACCGGGUCCCGGCUGCUGGUGGCGGGGGAGCUGGGGUUGGGCGAGCGGGCGGCUGUGGUGCGGGCGCUGGGCAGGGCGCUAAUCAGCAUGGCAGAUCAGAGCGACAUCUCCGGCGUGCACCUCACCUUCACAACCGGCGAGGAGUGGGCGGCACUGGCAGAGCUUGGGUUCAAGCAGCGGCUGGGCCUGCAGUUCCAUUGGGACAACCCCGGCUAUGAGUCAUUUGACGCCUUCCUAGCCGACCUCAAGCAGUCCAAGCGCAAGAGCAUUCGCCAGGAGCGCAAGAGCAUUGAGAAGGCCGGGCUGGCCGUGCACCGGCUGCGCGGCGGCGAGCUAACUGCGGCCCACUGGGACCGCUUCUACGAGUUCUACCUGUCCACGGUGGACCGCAAGUGGGGCAACGCCUACCUCACACGCGACUUCUUCCAGCAGCUGGGUGCAACCAUGCCCGAUCAGGUGUUGCUGGUUGCGGCCACGGACGCAGGUGUUGCCGUUCCCUCGCCUGGUGCCGCCCCUGAGGCACAGUCCCUGGUAGCGGCCGCGCUCAACCUGGUGGGCAGCCACGCUCUGUUUGGUCGCAACUGGGGUGUGGCUGACGGGCGGGAUGUCAAGAACCUGCAUUUCGAGCUGUGCUACUACCAGGCACUGGAUGAAGCGAUCCAGCGGCGGCUGCCGCGUGUGGAGGCGGGCGCGCAGGGCGAGCACAAGCUGCAGCGCGGCUACCUUCCCUCGCUCACCUACUCCUGCCACUACAUCCGCGACCCCAGGCUCGGCGCGGCAGUCGACAAGUUCCUGUCCAGGGAGCGCGGGCAGAUCGAAUACGCGUUGCAGGUCAUGAGCCUGACGGCCUCGCCCUACAAGCAGGAGCGGACCAUGGAGUCACUGGUCCGCAAGGUGAACGCCUACAGCAGCCUGUCAUCGUCGUCGUCCAGCAGCGACAGCCUGGAUGAGGAGCUGGCGGCAGCUGCGCUGGCGGCGGAGCUGCGCGGAAACUGAUUGCGUAUGCUAGCGGGGCCGAGCGGGCCGGCAAAUGAGUGACAGCAGGUUGCGUAGAGCGAAGAUACCUUGUAUGAAAGGAGCCGGGCUUGCAGGUGUUUCACUACGAAAGUGACGGGCAGGUGCACCCGUAUGGGACACCUCUGGUGAUCUGGUGAUCUGUGGUGCAUGGAAUGGUAAGACUAGGAGCGAAGCGAGUUAGCGAGUCAUCGACAGGGGAUGCAGAAAUCAUAGUAAAGAGGCCUUGAGUAGACAGCAGCUGGGACCAUGCACAUGCAUGUUAUACAGGGGCUAUCAUGGUAUUUUAUUGAUUGGGCACUUGGGGAUGCUGGGACUACGGCAAGCACGACCAUGCUCGGGGCCUCGGGCAAAACUAGCGGAAGCGCACUUCUUGCCAUCGUGAACGUGCAUUUUACAACUGCAAAAAGCAACAUGCACUGAAUAGCUGAGGGUCCCGCGAGCGCCCCAGGCCCAGUCACCCUGAUGCGACCACAAAUCGAGCGCUCAUCGUCUCAGUUGAGCCUUAGUCCUCUUAAUUACGCCCUAUACAAACCGCCACACGUCCUGAGUGGUCGUCUGCUCUAGGCGCAAACUCCACACAUUGCUUCGGCGUGUGGGGACGCCGCGUUGGCGAGAGCCACGGAUGGCCCUAUUACCGUGGGGGCAUGUCGCACCCGUGGAGGGCACUGUAAGGAUGGGUAUGGUUGUACGGGCAUUCCGUAUCACAUUCCGUAUGGCAUUCGUCCAUUGCUCGGACCCCAUCCUUACCAAUCAUCAGCAAUAACGCACAUGCCUUACUAUCAUCAGCACGAAGAAUUACACAUACUUAGACAACCUUAAUUCCGUGUGCCGUACGUACGUGCGCAGGUUACCCAAUCCACACCAGACUUUAUUUGCACCGUGCUGCUGCCUUGAUUCACCGGUUGCUACAAGCCUACGUAGGCUUGCGUACCGUACUUCUAAGCUUGUCUUAAGUAAUGGUGGAAUAACCGUAGCAAAACUCUGCUAGCGCCACCAAUAACCACCACACCUCUGCACGUGUCCAUUUAGCUGGAACCUGCGCCAUUUAUUUCAUCAAGACACCACCCAUCCAUGUAUUUUGCUGGGCACUUGUACCAAUGCCCUAGCUAGGCAUCGAUGCCUAGGCAUAAUGAGGAACCACCUGGUGCAUGAAAGGCUACUUGCAAGUGACACGCACGUACUAGGGACAUGCUUGGAUCAGUGGAAAGCACUUGCUACCGUAGAUGCUUCUUGGAUCCACGGGUUCCCGAAAUACGGUAGUAACCACAAGCUCCGCCGUUUAGCAACACACACUGGUGUUGUCACAUCGAAGCUACUCCGCUCAUAAAUCGAUAAGAUAAGAAAGGUCUCAGGGGGAAAAGGGGCCAACCACUUAUUGUCCAUACCCAGUUGGCCAACCACUCUCUUUAUUACCC